AUGAGCAAGUUCGGCGUCAUGGUCAUGGGCCCUGCUGGGGCGGGCAAGUCUACCUUCUGCGCCUCGCUCAUCACCCAUCUCCAGCUCAACCGCCGGUCCUGCUUCUAUGUCAACCUCGACCCCGCCGCCGAGAGCUUCGAGCACACGCCCGACCUGGACAUCAGGGAGCUGAUCUCGCUCGAGGAUGUCAUGGAGGAGAUGGGACUCGGUCCCAACGGCGGCCUCAUCUACUGCUUCGAGUUCCUCAUGGAGAACCUGGACUUCCUGACCGAGGGCCUCGAUUCGCUCACCGAGGAAUACCUCAUCAUCUUCGACAUGCCGGGACAGAUCGAGCUCUACACGCAUGUGCCCAUCCUGCCCGCCCUGGCACGCUUCCUCACGCGGACGGGCAACCUCGACAUCCGGCUCUGCGCCGCGUACCUGCUCGAGGCAACUUUCGUCGUCGACAGGGCCAAGUUCUUCUCGGGAACCCUGAGUGCCAUGUCCGCCAUGAUCAUGCUCGAAGUCCCCCACAUCAACAUCCUCUCCAAGAUGGACCUGGUGAAGGACCAGGUGCGCAAGAAGGACCUCAAGAGGUUCAUCACGCCCGACCCGUUGCUGCUAGAUGACGAUCCUGCCGAGAUCGCCCGGCGCAAGGCGGAAGGCACCUCGGCCGAGGACGACAUCUUGGCCAACCCCCAGGAUACGGACGCUGUCAUGAAGGGUGCUAGCUUCCGGCGAUUGAACCGCGCCGUGGCCGGUCUGAUCGAGAAUUUCAGCAUGGUGAGCUACUUGAAGCUCGACGUGCAGAACGAGGAGAGCGUGGGCGCCAUCCUAAGCUAUAUCGACGACUGCAUUCAGUACCACGAAGCCCAGGAGCCCAAGGAACUGAAGGAUGAGGAGUUCGACGAGCCCGAGGAGUGA